GACCGUGUGAGUGGCCUGACAGAGGGGUGUGUGAUCCGUUGACUUGGGAAACUGAAACUAGUAUUUUGUAAUCUGUCUUCCUUCAAAAUAUAUGUGAUAUAACAUUACUUCACUUCUAAUUAUAAAUUGAAGCGUAGAAUACCAGUCCAACUAAUCAAUUUAAUAAUUUACCGCAACGUACAAACUAACCAAGCUAGCCAGCGAGCUAGCUAGCAAAACAGACAGUCAGCACCAGAAAGCAGGUCCCAAUGCGGCUAAAAGACCCGUUUUUUCUGAAAACCGCCGACAUGACGAAGCGGACGAACAAACCGAAAAAACCUCGUGGAGAGGAAUCAUCCGACGAAGUCAGUGGGUUGACUUGCCAGCAUGUCAGCAAGGCAGUGGACCUGAGCUCGGUGAAGAAGGCUGUCAUGCAGGGCCUGUGGUCUGUCUGCGCCGAGUGCCUGCGGGAGAGGACUGUGCACGACGGGGACGCCACGGGGUCCUUCGACAUCCUCCUGUGUCUCAAGUGUGGCUUCCAGGGCUGCAACCAAUCAGAAGGUCAACAUGCCACUAAACAUCAGCAGGCUUUGCACCCAGAAUCCCACUGUAUCACCGUGAGCCUCAGCACGUGGAGGGCCUGGUGCUUUGAAUGUAAUGAGGAACUGUCCACUCACUGCAAUAAGAAGGUCCUGGCUCAGACUCUGGACUUCCUACAGAAACACUCAACGAAGACAACCUCAGGAGCGACGUCCAAAAUAAUCAGACUUCGAGAGGAGCCCACAGAAUGUACGGACACCCUGAAGGGAAGGAGCCCGGUCAACAGUACUCUUGUCCCAGUCAAAGGCAUCAACAACCUGGGGAACACCUGCUUCUUCAACGCAGUCAUGCAGAACCUGUCGCAGACGCACGUGCUGAACGACCUCAUUCUGGAGAUGAAGGAGAAGGGACACAGGCUGAAGAUCUGCCCCUCACCGGAGACCAGCCUGGAAACGCUAACAGUCAUCCUGCCCAGCCCAGAGCCUCUCACCUCAGCUAUGUUCCUGUUCCUGCAAAGCAUGAAGGAUGCUGGGAAGGGUCCUGUUUCGCCCAAAGUACUUUUCAGCCAGCUCUGUCAGAAGGCCCCCCGGUUUAAGGGCUAUCAGCAGCAGGACAGCCAGGAGCUGCUGCACUAUUUGCUGGACUCCAUGAGGGUGGAGGAGACCAAGCGUAUCAAAGCAGGUAUCCUAAAAUCGUUCAACAAUCCGACUGAGAAGACGGCCGAUGAGGAGACCAAACGCCAAGUGAAAGCGUACGGGAAAGAGGGGGUGAAGAUGAACUUUGUGGACCGGAUCUUUGUGGGAGAGUUUACCAACACUAUUAUGUGUGAGGAAUGUGAGCAUAUUUCAACAGUGAAGGAAGCGUUCAUUGACAUCUCUCUACCCAUCAUAGAGGAGAGGAUUUCCAAGCCUAUGAACCCAGGAAGAACCAGCAAAAGUAAUCGUGAACUGGACACAUUGAUCUCCCAUAGCAAUGACACACAUUCUGCACAGCUGUCACAUGGCAACAAGAACAGCAGGAAACCGGGAGUACAGGGUGGGGUGAAGCAGCAGGCCAGGAGGCCCUCUGGGGGCCCGGAGGACAGAGGAGGAGGGGACUGCGUCUCCAGCCGGGCUGAGGAGGAGUGCAGCGGAGCGGGGCGCGGCGUGGGGGGGUACAGGGACACGGCGCUGGGCAGCCAAUCGGAGGGCAGCGAGAAAGACUCGGGGCCGCAGGACAGCAGCAACGACGCGGACAGCGAGGCGUCGGAGAGCGAGAGCGUCCCGCGCCCCGCCCCCUCCCCUGCCCCCGCCCCCUCCGGCAGGCCCCACCAGGGCGGCGCCGUGGAGCAGCUGGUCAGCGCCGUGUCCAAGCUCAGCCUGGUCCACGCCCCCGGGGAGCCGCCGCCCGCCGGCCACGCCCACACCCAUGGCCGCGCGGAGGAGCAGGCCGACGCCCCGCGCGAGCGCCACCACCAGGGGGCGUUCCAGGCCCUGUCCCACAGCUACACGCCCAGCUCUAAAGAGUGCUCUGUGCAGUCCUGCCUGCACCAGUUCACCUCCGUGGAGCUGCUGAUGGGGAACAACAAGCUGCUGUGUGAGAGCUGCACGGAGAGGAGGCAGAGAGCGCGGAGGGGCGGGGCAUCAGAGAAGAAGACGGAGAAGGUGUACACCAGUGCGCGAAAGCAGAUGCUGAUCUCCACACUGCCCCCAGUGGUGACUUUGCAUCUCAAACGCUUCCACCAGGCUGGAAUGAAUCUGCGGAAAGUGAAUCGACAUGUAGAUUUUCCCCUCGUUCUGGACCUCUCCCCCUUCUGCUCGGCUACUUGCAAGAACAUGGUGUCGGGCGAGCGGGUGCCGUACAGCCUGUACGGCAUCGUGGAGCACAGCGGGUCCAUGCGCGGUGGGCACUACGCCGCCUACGUCAAGAUCCGGCCGCCACAACGGAGGGCGGAGUCGCGCAGGCACCUGUCAGGUUCGAGGGAGAGCAUCGCAGCCCCACCCGGUCAGUGGGUGUACGUGAGUGACACCACCGUCCAAAUGGUACCAGAGUCCAGGGUCCUCAACUCUCAGGCCUACCUGCUCUUCUACGAGGAGCUGCAGUAACUUCCUUCUCCUGAAAAGGUUGGGGGUGUGCACAUCAAAGCAUGAUGCCGUGCAUGCUGGGAUUUCCAGUCCUCCCCCUGCCCCCCACUCCUACAACGGAGCAAUAUUAGGCGCAUGUAUGUGCAUUUCUCUCAUUAAUUAUGAGCCGUUGCGGUUGCUUCUUCAUAACACCGAAAGCAGCAUACUGUAUAUGGAAGAAGAAAAAAAACAAUAGCAGAGGAAACUUUUGUAAAGUUUAUUUAUAUUUUACAGUCUGAAGUGCUAAAUAUGAACAUUAUAAUAUUUUUUGUAGAAAGUACGCGUGCGUGUUUAUUUUUUUAAGUGUGAAUGCCAAAGAUUUAGUGAGCAGAAGAGUGAGAGAAAAGAAGAACAUCCAUAAGAAGAGUGUUAUGAGUCCAGUGCCAAACGGACUGUGUUCUGAUCCGGGUCUGACCUGGUUCUGACCCUGUUCUGAGGAUGAAAUGGGAGGCCAGACUGUGUCCAGCUGUAGGUCUGUUACAGGUGCUAGGCUGCGUUCACAGUGCACCUGAAGAUGGUUUGGUUCUGCUGCUCUGCCUGUUCUACGGUCAAAACCACAUAGAAUGCAGAUGGCACUGCUGUAGUGAGCACUCUUGCUGGAAGCUUCUUAUGAACACAGUUGUUAAUGAACCAGAGAUUAUAAAUACAAGGCACCAUAUGUGGUCUUCAGAUGUAUUUGAAUAACUAGUAGUAGCUGCACAUUGCAUUUAUUUUAUUAGCAACACCAGCAAUAAAGAUGCUAGGCGGCAUCUCUGAUUGCUUUGUGAAAUCUACAGUACAAGCAUUCACGUUUGCUCUUGGACUAGUGCAUCUAUUACCAAUAACAACAAUAAGAGUGUUAUAGCCUGCUAGUAAGGCUAAUUUUAGAUUAGCCUUAUAUUGAGCACUACACAGGGUUAUUCAUCCUUUAUGUUAAAUGGAUAUGUAAUUCUAAAUGCCUGAGCCUAAAAACUGUUCAUCCAGGUGAUAUAUAGAUCAGUGUAUGCUGUAAGCCAGUCCCAAACUUGAUCAUCCUGGAGCCCCAUAAAAUGACCAAUCAAAUGAUUGACUUUGGAAAGCUUACCCUACAUCAACCACAGGCUGGUAUGAAGUGGCUGUUUAAUGCAUUAGUGCAUGGAAGCAUGUCUGAAUCAUGUCAUAUCAUGGAUCUGUACAAGAUGCACGUAUUUAAUAAUUACAGCCUUCAUACUAUUGUUUUGUUUUAUGAACAUCUAAAAUCUAUAUCAUUGACAAAAUAUGAAAUUAGAACAGAAUAUUCUGAAAAGGAAGUAAUUGUCCAUUUUGCUGAGGACUUGUCCUGAGACUUCAUGGGAGGAUUCCAUUUUGUAUUCCACUCUCUAUGGUGAUCACAUAAAAUAAAAGAGAAUCAUGUUCUUCAGAUGUUAUACCCAAGUACACAGUAAAGGUGUGGUGUUCAAAUACAGCCCUGGACAAUGAGGGUCAUAUCUUCUGUCCCUAAGUGAAAUGUUUUCCUGUGGUGUCACGUACAAAUGAACUGCCAUUUGUGUCCAUGGUUAGUCGGGUAAUUGAGUGGCCCAUCCCUGCUGUAAGUCACACGUGUGUCCUAGCACAGUCUGGAGCAGGUUUCUGAAAUGGCACAGUGUGUGUGGAGCGGUGCGUGUGAAGGUAGCCCCAGAGCCCCUGCGUCCUGAGAGCAGAGAAUGGACAUGGAGGAAUCCCAUCCGCUCAUGCAAGGACUGAAUGCCCUCUCAGUGACUUUAGCCAAGGCUGUCUCUCUUUCUUAGCUUUUUAAUUUCCUUUUUUUUGUUCAACGUGUUCCUUUAGUGCAAAGACCGAGGACAGAGUCAGGGAUCAAUCUGAACCUUGAUCUAUCAGAAUGAAACAUGCAUUUUUAUCCCUGGAAAAAAAUGACAAAAAUGUGUUGCAUUCUUGGUUUUGCUUUGAAUUCCUUUAAAAGUCACUCUUCAAAAAUGAAAUUACAUGCAGUGUCAUAAGUAGAUAUAGAAUAAUAGUUUUCUAUUAUUCUGUUGCUUAUCUGUUGCACUUUUUAAAAUGGAAAAUUAUCCACCAGUGGUAUAGAUUAUUGGAUAAAAGAAAUGGUUCAAGAAUUUUGCAUAUUUUUUCUAGAGCAGCAUGUCAUAGAAUUCAACAUCAGCAUCAUAUUUUAAUAUGACAGAAAAUGUUAUUUAUGUAUUUAAUAAAUAAUUAUGGUUUGCAGAAGUCAACAUUUAUCUUCAACAAAACAUGUUUGAAAGUGUUUGCUCUCUAAUCACAAUGAUACUGUUCAAUAUAAUUGAAAACAGAGACUUGUUAGCCUGCAGCUAAUUACUGAAGUAUUCAGUGUUGCUGACCUCAUUGAUUUCUGAUGAAGAAGCUUCUUUAGUGUACUGUGAAAAAGAAGGUUUUUAAGAUUACUUCUGUUUGAACUGUCAAACGGUUCUACGUGUGAAUACAUAAGUCAAAGGUUAGGAUGGCUGAUCUGACCUAAGACAUCAAAUUAAACCUAGAAUGCUUCAACCUACUAAGGUAGGAGUUUGGCUCAAUUUAUUUUUAGGGGAAAUGUCACAAUUAUAAAUAAAUUACAUAUCCUGUCAAUGAAAGCAAUUAUAUUAAAAGCAAUUAUAUUUAGCAAUUAUAUUACAAGUGUGAAAUAUGCACCACAACUAUGGUACCUUACUCGCCUCUGGCCUAUCCUGACCCAAACGGUUUCUGGUUGAAUAUGUAAUUAUAAAUUUGAAGAGUGAUCUUUGUGUUCUAAUUUUAGGAUAAGUUAAAAAAAAUAUUAAGAUAUUAAUUUUUUAAAAUAAAGAAUGUAAGGACUACAGUGUGUGAGAA